GAUACACCAAAACAGAAAAAUAAGUUUUUGGAGUGCGAUAAACUCUGAAUUUGAAUUGAUAAACUCUGAAUUUGGUCCGAAUAACGCCAGUGUUGCCAGUUGAAAACGCACCGUUGACAUUGCUGUCAAACAACGACCAGAACCGAAUUUCAAAUGAAAACAUUAACCAAAUUUUGGACUUUCCGGCAAAGUGCCUCGUUUGUUGGUUUAUAUUCUUUUUCGGCCCUUUUCACCGUCCCACAACGCAAAUGGCUGUGCUGCGUGUGAAAUUAGCUUUGAUUGAUCUCAGCGGAACGUUACACGUGGACGAUCAGCCUACCGUGGGAGCAGUGGAAGCGCUGAAAAGGCUUCGACAGCAUGGUGUACAAGUGAAAUUCGUUACCAACACGACGAAGGAAAGUGUCGGCUCGCUGUACGAUCGGUUACGUAAAAUAGGAUUCGAACUGCAGCGGGAUGAGAUUUACGGUUCGCUAGGGGCGGCGGCCGAGUACGUGAGGAGAAACAACCUCAACCCGUACUACCUGCUGACGGACGAUGCCCGGACCGAUAUGCCACCGAACGAUCCGAAACGUGCGCUCGACUCGGUCGUGGUUGGGCUGGCGCCGGAACGGUUCUGCUACGAGCAUCUGAACGAAGCGUUCCGUGUGCUGCACCAGCGAAGCGUCAAGCAGCAAGUUCAGCUGGUGGCCGUACAUGAAGGACGUUACUACAAAGCGAAGGAUGGGAUCGCACUCGGCCCUGGGUGCUUUGUGAAAGGGCUGGAGUAUAGUACGGGCGUGCCGGCAGUGUGUAUUGGCAAACCGAACGAAUACUUUUUCCGCUCUGCCCUGCCGGAUGGCAUCGAUGUGGCCGAGUGCGUCAUGAUCGGGGAUGAUCCGAAUGAUGAUUGUCUCGGUGCAAUGCGCAUCGGAAUGAAGGGCUAUCUGGUGGAGACGGGGAAAUAUCAACCGGAAAAAUACACCGACGAAGAUCGCCCCGCGGUCAGUGGAAUCUUCCCAACGUUCAGUGAUGUGGUGCAGCACAUUAUCUCCAGUUCAGCGGAACAGUAACUUUAGAUGGAGCGGAGGAAUUUCUUAACACUCGAGUGAGAAUUAUUUCUCACCUUAGGGCGAAAGCACACCAUCCCCUAUGCGUACCUUGGUUGGAUUGUGAACUGUCAUUCGCCUGUCAAAUUGGUGCACAACGAAAACAGAGAACCAAAAAGGACCCAAAAUCCCACGAUCCCUCGCACGCGAUUGCCCUGCUGCUGGUUCAGAAACGUCGCCCAAUCUUCCUACAAAAUGGACAAGGAAGUCGCCGUGCUGCAGCGUAAACUCGAAGCGGAGC